CCCUAGCCUCAGCACAUACUUGACAUACGCGCUUAGGGACGGCAACGCAUACACAGCAAUGGCAAGUCCAUGGUGCUGGUCGUCGCUCUGCCCCAAGCCCAACAAGCAGGUGGCGAGCGAGAGCGUCCAUGGCGCACAGCUCGCCCUGCAGCGCCUUGGUAGGCGGCGCUGCGGGACCUGCGACGACGACGUUGAGGCAGGCGAGCCAUGCAAGUGCGGUGGUAAGGAGGCCGUGGCUGGGGAAGCAGGCGGGAGGGUGGCCGCCGUGGAGGUGAACAACGGUGAGGAGGGCCAUAGCAAGCCGAACAGCUCAUUUGCGCACUCCGUCAUCAACAUGGUUGGGAUGCUCAUAGGGCUUGGGCAGCUUUCCACUCCAUACGCCUUGGAGAAUGGCGGCUGGGCGUCCGUGUUCCUCCUCAUCGGCCUCGGCGUGAUGUGCUGCUACACAGCUCACAUCAUCGGCAAGUGCCUCGACGAGGACUCCGGCUCCAAGACCUACCAGGACAUCGGAGAGCGGGCGUUCGGCGUCAGGGGCCGCGCCGUCGCCUCCGUCUUUAUCUACCUCGAGAUCUUCUUCGCCCUCGUCUCCUACACCAUCUCCCUCAGCGACAACCUUCCCCUCGUCUUCGCCGGCGCCCACCUCCGCCUCCCGUGGCUCCGCCUCACUACCACGCAGCUGCUCACCGCCAUCGCCGUGCUCCUCGCGCUCCCGAGCCUGUGGCUGAGGGACCUCUCGUCCAUCUCCUUCCUCUCCCUCGGCGGCAUCGUCAUGUCGCUGCUCAUCUUCAGCAGUGUCGUCUUCACCGCCGCGCUCGGCGGCGGCGGGGUCAACAUGGGCCAACACAUCCCCGUGCUCCGGCUGGAGAGGAUCCCCGCAGUCUCCGGCCUGUACAUGUUCAGCUACGCCGGGCACAUCGUGUUCCCCAACAUCUACACCGCCAUGAAGGACCCCUCAAGCUUCACCAAGGUCACCGUCACGAGCUUCGCCGUGGUCACCGCGCUCUACGUCGCCCUGGCGCUCGUGGGCGCCAGCCUCUUCGGCCCCGCCGUGAGCUCGCAGGUCACGCUCAGCAUGCCGCCGCGGCUGGCCGCCACGAAGGUGGCGCUAUGGGCGACCGUGCUCACCCCGGUCACCAAGUACGCGCUGGAGUUCGCGCCGCUCGCUGUCCAGCUCCAGCGCCGCCUCCCGGCAGCCAUGGGCGCCCGCGCGCGCCUGCUCGUCCGCGGCGGGGUCGGGUCGGCGGCGCUCCUGCUCAUCCUGGCGCUGGCGCUCGCGGUGCCUUACUUCGAGCACGUGCUCAGCCUCACGGGGUCGCUGGUGAGCGUGGCGAUCUGCGUCGUCUUCCCCUGCGCGUUCUACCUCAGGAUCUGCUGGGGCAGGGUGUCGCGCCCCGCUGUCGCGCUCAACGUAGGGAUGAUGGUCGCCGGCGUGGUUCUGGCGGUGGUGGGGACCGUCUCGUCGGCCAAGUCGCUGGUGCAGAGGAUCCAGAGAGGCCAUGCGGCGUAAUAACUAAUAUGAAUAUAAAAAGGAGUAUUCCCUUCAUCUCAAAUUACUAUUCGUUUUAGGUUUUCUAGAUGCAUUAUUUUUACUAUACACCUAGAUAUAUAUUAUGCCUAGAUAGCUAGAAAAUCAAAAACGAAUAGUAAUUUGGGACGGAGGGAAUACACUGUAACAAUUACCAUGAUAGAUGUCUCAGGUUACAUGGUGCAUUGUCAGAUUCAUAAAUAGGACUAUAUUACGGAUACAAGUUAGAUUGGUCCUGAGGAAAUACUUGCUUUGUAAUUCUUGCAUCAAAUGUUUCCGGCAUUAAUAAU